GAACACGGUAAUUUACAGGGGCGUAACUGUAUUUUAUCUGGCUUUCGCGGGAAUUCAUAAAACCCAACCCUAACGAACUAAAUCAUCUCGCGAAUCACACUGCUACACUACAACAAAGAUGAAAUUCCGGUUUUCCCAAAAGGUCCCCAUCUUCCCUCACAAUUUAUGCUUCAACCGUCACAGACAUCACCAUCACCAUUUGUUCACUUCAAUCUUCAAAAAGGUCCAAACAGAUUCUCUAGCUCGCAGUACUUUCAAUGGUAACGGUAGCAACAGCAGCGGCAACUCCCAAGGUAGUAAAUUUUUGUUGCCAGGUGCAACUGUGGCUACUAUGCUUAUGCUUGGUGCCCUUCAGGCGCGUAGGAUCUAUGAAGAUAAAAAGGCCGAAGAGGCGCGGGGAAAAGGAAUUGAAAUAGAGUUUCAACCUGAUCUAAAAGCUACAUUUCUAAGGAUGCUACCUUUACGAUCCAUUUCCAGAUUUUGGGGUAGUUUGACAAAUGUAGAACUUCCUGUCUGGAUGCGGCCAUUUAUCUACAGAGCAUGGGCUCGGGCAUUCCACUCAAACUUAGAAGAAGCAGCUCUACCACUUGACAAAUACGCUUCUUUAAGGGAAUUUUUUGUUCGCUCCUUGAAAGAAGGCUCCAGACCCAUAGACCCUGAUCCACAUUGUCUGGUUAGUCCUGUGGAUGGCACUAUUCUAAGAUUUGGAGAGUUGCAAGGAUCAGGAACUAUGAUUGAGCAAGUCAAAGGCCAUUCUUAUUCCGCUUCUUCUCUUCUCGGUGCUACUACCUUCCUUCCUACCACAGGUGAAGGAGAUAUUCGUGAAGAGAGAAGUGAACAGCAAAGCAGUAGCAGUGAGAAUAGUAAGAAGUCAUGGUGGAGAAUUUCACUGGCUUCUCCUAAGGUCAGGGACAAUAUGUCAGCACGUGCAACCAAGGGUCUUUACUACUGUGUGAUAUACUUGAGGCCGGGAGAUUAUCAUCGCAUACAUUCACCAGUUGACUGGAAUAUUCUUGUCCGCCGGCAUUUUUCAGGGCAUCUCUUUCCAGUGAAUGAGCGUGCUACAAGAACAAUCAGAAAUCUUUAUACAGAAAAUGAAAGAGUUGUGCUCGAGGGUUUGUGGCAAGAAGGAUUCAUGGCGAUUGCGGCAAUUGGUGCUACAAAUAUUGGGUCAAUUGAGCUCUAUAUUGAACCAGAAUUGAGGACAAACCUGUCGAGAAAGAAGCUAUUGAAUUCUGAGCCUCCAGAAGAACGGAAAUAUGAGCCUGAUCGCGUUGGUAAAAUACUCAAGAAAGGGGAUGAGGUGGCUGCUUUCAACAUGGGUUCAACAGUGGUACUUGUCUUCCAAGCUCCUACAUUAAAACCACCCAAAAACGGGGAUCCACACAGAUCCUCAGAGUUCAUGUUCAAUAUCAGACGAGGGGAUAGAGUGCGUGUUGGAGAAGCAUUGGGGAAGUGGCAUGGCUAGUAGUCUUCAGUUUUUUAGUCAAUGCAGAGCAAGCUACUGAGCGUGUAUAUACUGUGAGCAGAUAUCUUUACAGGAUUAGUCUACACAGAAAGAUUUUGUCUCCUGAUAAUUACCAUUAGCAUUUGUGACCUGACACAUUGUUUUUGUCAAGAUCAAAUUUUUAAAUUCGCACUGUACUUUUGGCUCUUUUGUAAGAUGGUGUAAUGCAAAUUUACUGAUCAAUAUACUCUGAGAGAGAUUUUGUAAGAAA